AUGGGCUCCCAGCAGACUACACCAAAACUACAGUCACGCGAUGCAUCGCCCUCUCCACGGGUUGACACCACUGAAUCCGCCAGCUCGUUGCCGACGAGUGCGGAUACGGAGCAUCCUGAGGUUACGCCCAUAGCGCCUUUGAAUCCUCGCCGCGCAACGCCAGAGGUUAGCACCAUGUCGCAGCCGGUUUUGUCGCUUCCGCCAUUCGAAACGGGUUCAACAUUACAGGCGUCAACUGAUUCGCCAGUCAAAGAUAGCGACAUGUUGAGCGCGGAGAUCAUUAAGUCCCUCAGCCCCGGCCAAGAAGUUGCCAGUGGGACAGAUGUUGUUGAAGGGUCCACGGCGACGUACAAUGCUCCCGUCGCCGAUCCCACCCGUGAGAGCAGUUACCUCGGAGAUGUCUACGGUGAUUAUUGGGCGACAACCGAGGACAAGGCCGAGCCCAGCGUGCUCACGUCGGCCAGGGCGGAUGAGCCAGGAAAGGCGGCGCAGAAUCACCCACCUCCAUCACCGAAUGCCCCGGCAGAUAACCAGGCAGUGGUUGAAAGCAAACGAGGUUCAACCAGCUCGUCCAUUCCCUCUAUCAACACGCUGGCUAAAAGUCCCGAAGUCCAGGCUGAGACGGCGACCGAAAGCGGAGGGCUCCGCAGACGCUUCUCAUGGGAAGCGGCUCUAGAGGGCUCGGUUCCCGUAGGUCUCUCGUCUCCGGGCGCAGCACUCUUCACUGAGCAGAAGGCUCUCGGUUCCGGCGCCGAAACCGUGAGUACACCGACAACGAAGCCCACCGCGCCAGAGACCGAGCCAUCGCGGCCGGCCCAAUAUGCCGAAGGUAUGAAGUCGGCAGACGACCUCCGAGCCGAGUCUGCUCCUGAACUGCUCGGCCCAGCUCCCUCUACAGACCGUCGGAGAGAAUCACCCUCGCCCCUCUCUGUCCUGUCGGACGAACGGAAAGAAUCAAAGCGGUUGUCUCUCGCAGAGGAGAAGAUCGUACUUCAGCCCGACCUUCCUUCCCCACCGCUUGAACAACACCCUGUCUUUGCUACUGUUCAGGAGUCGCGACGGGCCGAGCCGGCGACUCCUCCUUCUCCGCAAAACCUUCUAGGUUUCCGAACUAUCAUGGAGAUGUCCUUGGCCUCGGAGCGUAUCAAACAUUACAAGGAGACGCGAUGGCAGUUCUCCGCGGUUGACACGGGCCUCGACGACUGGCUGAAGGCGAUGCUGUCUCGGCAUCCGGAGCAUGCCAAUGCUGUAAUGUCCUACGCCAGCGCAGCGGCAUCCCAGGCACAGCAUGGCAGUCAGGGGGCAGCGCCGGCCUCAGGCCAGGGUGCAAGGGCGCCAGCACACUUACCUAUGGCUCACCUCCAACACAGCCUGGGCGGGCUCGGACAUUCGAGUAACCAGAUGGGUGCGAAGAGCAAGGAGCUUUUGAUGGCUGCUGGCAAGGCUGGGAAGGGAUUUGGUAAAGGUUUACUAAGUAAGGGGAGAAGCAAGCUCCGUGGAACGGGGGACAAAGUGUUUUCGAGUUCAUAA